AGGUGGACCGGAACAAUUUGAAUCCGGUACUGGAAUUUCAACAUAAAUUUCUAGCCUGUACUCCGUACAGAUUAUUAGAUGCCAUAUAAUUUACAUCUCACAACUAAAUCGAUAGAAAAGCGCUUUGAUCCUUUUAUACAUGGAAUGAUUAUAUAGUCAUAUUCAUUCCUUGCUGUUUUCCUCUCCUCCUAUUUCUUAUAUGAUGGUCCGAUUGCACCCUUUGCGCUCUCACUUCUUCAGUUCUUCCAAGCAAUCGCGGACAACAACAGACACACCAAGCCGAAGCAUGUUUGCCGCUAUCACGGUACAUCCUCAUUCCACAGCUCAACAGCCCCGCGCCCCGGCAGAUAUGAGCACUCCAAACCGUCCACCGAAGCGCGAGGAUGACCGACAGAUAUCUAGACCAGAUUCAUGGAGGCCUUUUAAUAACAGAUGGAUGGCACAUGAGCAAGACAGGAACCAGAGACCACAACCCUACGAACGGACGUCUUCAUUAGGGUACGAGGGGAGUAGAAGACGGAAACGGGAGCGAGCCUUAGAUCCCGAUGCGCCCACAUACCGUACCUACACAACGCAGGGCUCCUUGCAGGAUAGGAGAUAUGUACCUGCAUCUGAAUCUGUAUAUGCGCGGACGGCGUCGAUACCCGUGUCGGGCGCAGCAGCAUCACCACCAUGGCUAUUACCAAACUAUUCCUCCCAGCAAUACCAACAGUCGCAAUAUCACAACCAAUACCAAUAUCAAAACCCAUACCAAAACCAAUAUCAAUACGCUCUCUUCCAAUAUCCUCCGCUCGCCUUCCCAAUGACGUCCCCAUUUACCGCUAUCAACGCAUACUCUACACUGGCCACUCCCCACCACCCCGUCUUUAAUGGACAACGUGAUCCUGGCACGCAUCCAUCCCGACCUGAAAGCUCCAAUCCUGAUCCGCGCCCCCAGGCCUCCCCGCGCCGCCGCUCUGUUACUCCCCCGCGCGCCGUCCCUCCAACAUCCACUUACCUCGCCCAAUCCUCUUCCCCGCCAACCCUAACCACAGCCACCCAACCCCUCCUCAUUAUCCUUGAUCUAAAUGGCACCCUCAUACACCGCAUAGGCCGGCGGCCAAUCCGUUUCAGGACCCGUCCAGGCCUACACGCCUUCCUCAAGGAACUCUUUGAGAACUACACCGUGAUGGUGUGGACGAGCUCGCAACCGCAGACGGUGCGGGAGGUACUGGAGAAGACAUUCACGGCGGAGGAGAAGGAGCAGUUUGUCGCAGUUUGGGCGCGGGAUACGCUGGGGUUGAAUGCGAGGCAGUACGCGGAGAAGGUGCAGGUUUACAAAAGGCUGGAUAAGGUAUGGGCGGAUAAGGGCAUUGCGAGAUUAUACCCGGGAUUCACUGAAAGUGAUGAUAAUAAUGCCGCUACUACUCCUGAUUCUACUACCACUACCGUUAUAACUAUUCCUCCCGGCGACAGUAGCGUCGAGAAAGCGAAGAGAAAGAAGAAAAACAAGAAACAAAGAGCCAGAGAAGCCACAGCCGCAGCCGCACCAUCUGGCAAUAAUACCCCCUGGAACCAAACAAACACUCUCCUCAUCGACGACAGCGCCCUCAAAGCCCUCGCGCAGCCAUACAACAUCAUCGAAAUCCCCGAAUUCACAAGCGCACACCCGCCAGAGCAUGAGGAGAAGGUACUCGACACCGUCCUCCGCCAACUGCGCGUGCUAGCGCACUAUGCGGAUGUUAGCUGCAAGGUGCGGGAGUGGGAGGAGCUGAGGAGGGGUUUGCAACGGCAGCGGCAGGAAAGGGGAGGGGAGGUGGGAGUGGAAGCGGAUUUGCCACAGUCGCAUUCGCAGGCGGAUAUUGAAGGGUUCUGGGAUGCGCAGUUGGCGAGGGAUGAGGAGGCUAUUCGACGGAUGAAUGGGGAGGGAGAGGGCGCGGGCGCGGGCGCUAGCGGCGGCGACGGCGUGCGCGCUGCAAAAGCAGAUGCAGAUGCAGAUGCUGCUGAAACGGGUAUAUCGACACCCCGUCGCGAAGAGUGCGAUUCGCAGGCACCGCAGGCACAUGUACAAAUCCUCCAGACACACAGCCAGGAAAGGACGGCGGGCUCCAAGCAGCAGCACGAGCACCGCUAUUCAUCCAGCCUCUCGAUCGAAACGCACACGCUGUCCCGUAGCGGGAAUGAGGGAGCAAAGGCCGCAAAGAACUAUAUAAAGAGGCAGAAGAACACUGCACCUGCACGGCACGAUGUGACGACCGGUACAGGUGCUAUUACUUUUACUGGCGAGGGGAGUAGAGGUGGAUACGAGGAUGUUGACAGUGAGGCAGAUGGUGGUGUUGUGUUAAGGGUCCAUUGAAUGACGGAAAUUAAGACCUACUCUGUUUUGCCGUUUUCGGAAAAAUGGGUGGUUUUAAACCUAGUCGGUUAUGUGAGGGUUAGGCAGAUGGGACGGAGGGGGAUGGAUUUUACGAGUCUUUCUUUUGUUUUGGUUUUUUAAACUUGGGAUUAAUGGGGUUGGUUGCAUUGCAUUUUCGCACUUUGAGAGCUGACAUUUAGCAUUUGGCAGUGUACUGUACAUUUGAUUCGAUUGAGGGGGGCGGGAAAUCCUUUUUUUUCUCCCCUCUCAUCCUCCUAUUUUGUUUUCUCUCUUGCUCACGCAUAAACCCAUAAUAAUACACAUAGAACUCCGUCUCCGUGCUUUCACCAUGUAUAGAUAGAUACAUACCUCCCUUCGAAGGGAAUGAAGAGCUUUAGAAUCCGCGAGACAGAAUAUCCUACAGUGCCUAAAUUCACAUACACGAAACAAAACACCCAUGAAUCUCUUUCUUCCAGCAUACCACCUACUCUCUAUUACAUACUACAUAUAUAUGACAAAAAAAAAAAAAGAGAGAUCAAAAACAGCAUGCAAUGCACGAGAUGCA